CAUUCAAGUAAUAUACGGAUUUAAAUAAAAUCACUUUACUAUAGAAAUCUAAAUCCGACUUAAUCCUAUCUCGACUGACUGACGCAAUUUAUGCAAAUGACGUAAAAUAAAUCAAAGAAAGUGAAAACUGUCUUGUAACAUCAACUAAUAUCAAAUCAUUUUAUUGCAGAAGCUGUUAAUGAGGUAAAAACUAAAUUAAACUAGAAACUAAUGAUGGCACAUAAACUGUAUGAAGAUUGACACAAACUGGUAUGAAGGGAUGUGAAACAAGAUUAUGUCCAUGAGAAAAUGCGUCGGACGGAACACCUGAGAAAAGCUUAUGCAGGAAAUAUUAAUAUUUAUAGAACAGAAGAAGCAUCCAAACUAAUGGACCUAAUUUUGUGAUCCUCGAUCAGUUUGAAACGAAAAGAUUUUCUUCGAUUCGCUGACGUUGAAAAUAUGCAUGGAAAGCAGAAAGCAAACUAAAUGCAGUGAAGACUUCCGUCAAUCCGCAACGCUCCAAGCUUAUUUGAUCGAAUCGAUCUGAGAAAGGAAAAUUGCUUCGUUAUUGUCAUCACUUAUUGUCCACAAACACACGAUGAAAAUAUAAGCUUUCGAGAUUUAUUAGAGAAAGCAAAUAUUACCUAUAGAAUUGCAUCUGAAGAUUUCAACAAUAUUCUCAAGAUUAUUAAGUCGUCAAUAGCAAGUGCCAGCUUGUUAAGUAAUUGAGUAUCAUCAUCAUUUCAAUAAGAUAGUUAUGAAGUAAUUGAUAGGUCCAUUCUAAGCAACCUGUGAUUACUGACAAAAUUACAAUCUGCGGUCGAGUAGCACUGAUCGCUUUUUGUUUCGGGUGAAAAUUUAGAAGAUGUAGACGAGACAAUUAGAUUUGAAACGGUAAAUAUAAUAUUGCACGGCGUAACCUCUGUAAAGGUUAUGUGAAAUGCCGUUGAUAUUAUGAAUCGUUAUGAAGAUACACUUUUACUGGUGCCGAGAAAGAAGAAUAUUAUGGCGAGAAGGAAAGUGCUUCAGAUGAUUGAAGAAAUGGAGUGAACGGGUGCAGGUAGGAACUGCAUUGGACAGAUGUGUUUAUCAGGUACAGUUUUCGGUAAACAUCAUGACGAGGCGAAAAAGUGUGUGUUUAAAGUGGACAUUAGUUUUAUUAGUAGUUUUAGUUUGUCCUUCCGUUUAUACGCGACCUCAAGAAAAUUCUCCAGUCGCUACAACGAUAGGUGUACAGAAUGAGAAAUCUACGCAAGCUCCAAUAAGGGAAGCUGAGAAAGCAGCAGCAGAUCAAUCAGCCCAGUCUACUACUUUACCAUCUGAUAACUCUUCACGUGAUGUCAAAUCAAAGGCACCGAUACGAGAAUCCAUCGAAAUGGUGGCAAUACAACUGCUCGACAAACCUAAUGCUACGUCUGAAGCUCCAGUGGUCGCCGAUACAAGAAUACCACCGAAACUAAAAGUUCAAUUUAAACACAAGAUCAGACGAAAUGAAAAUGGCGAAGAACUUGAAAACGCACAUCCUGGAGUAGCAGUACCAGUAACAAUUGAAGAGUUAGAUACAGAAAAUAAAAUUAAUGAAACACCGAGCGAAUCAUCCACGUCAAAUGAAGGUAUCUCUACUUGGAUUUCACUGAGUCAUAACGUGAAGGAAAAUUCCACAACAGAAUCAUCUAAAGUAGAAGAAAUUACUAAGAAACCUAAACCAGCAUCCUCUAAAAACAAGCCAAAGAGACCUCAAAACAAUAAAAUCUCUAAACGUCCCAUUAUUGGAAGUACCAAUAAAGCUGACUUAGUUGCGAGUGGAUCAGCUAUCAAUGAAAAUGUUUACAACAAAAUCAAAGACACAGUAUUGUCAAAUGUACAGAAGAAUAAAAACACUUCCGCUCGUCCAUCUUCUACGACUACCACCACUACAACUACUACAACCACAACUGAAGAACCCACAACAAAGAAAGAAACAAAAGCACCCGCUAUCGUUCCAGUAAUCACAGUUACGUCAAAACCAAAGAAGAAGAAUAAGAACAAACAAAAGAUUAGUACAACUUUAGCCCCACCCGUUAUUGACGACUCUGCUUUACUGCCAACAGAAGCAAAAGAACAGGAAAUUGAACUUGAAGUAAGUACACCUGCAACUACUACUAAAAAGCCCAAAAGAAACUCAACAAGAAAGAAGAAUAAGACAAAGAAACGCAAGACUUCUACUGCUAAGCCUAUCACUGAUGUAGCUUUAACUGAAGAUGUUGCAGCCCCAAAUAAAACUAAAUCCAACAAGAAUGCUAAGAAGCCAGUAGCUGAAACGGGGGCGAUAACUACACAGAUUUACAACUAUUUGUCAAGAGAAGUAAUGCCUUCCGUUGGAGUCGGUAUGAUUGGGUUAGCUAGUUUAGUGGGCAUUGCUGGAUACUUUUUAUACCCGUUCGCUACUCCUGUUCGUAGAACCUUUGAAGUUGACAAGAGUGAUGACUUAUACAGAAAUAAUGCUGAAGAGUAUGCGAACGACGGCAAUGGGCAAGCUGAGGAAGAAAUGUUGGGUACUGUGCUAGCUGGUAUGCCUGCUCAUGCCAAACAAAAGUUAAACCCUUACGCGGCUCAAACUGCCCACAUAAACAGGUAUCCAGUUAAGAAAGACCAAGAUAUCAGGUACAGACAUGUCGCAACAGCUUACAGUCCAAACCCAAAUUAUGGUAAGGUACAUUAUGCGCAACAAAAAACUGGUAUAGCUCAUGCCGCUGUUUAUUCAAAGCCUAUUAACUACAGUCCUCACUAUGAGACAAGACACGUUUACACCACAGAAGGUAAAUAUAAUUAUGAGAAGCCACAACAACCACAUCAACCUAACUAUACUCCAUCAUUCCCUGCAGUUGAACCGAUAUAUGCUGCUCCACAAACUGGACCAUCUGGAAUCUCAUCGUAUGGAAAUGAUAAUUCAAACUCCGUAGUGUACGGUGUCAAGCCAUCUUCAGAAACAGAUUUUAAGCCGGUCUACCCAUUCGAAGGUCAGUUUUAUAGUGAAACCACCAGCAGUUCCGUUACAUAUCCACCGACUUCAAUGUAUCUAGGUUCGAAUGACGAGGCUGAAAAUCAAAAUGACAGUAAAUUCGAUGAAGAAACAAGUGGUGGUUCCGACUCUGCUGACAAUAAGUUUGUUGUAGGAAAUGUUCCCAAGGAACUUUCAGAUUCUGCAACGCCAGCGGUUGUGCCCGAACAUGGACCAAGAAAGUUAAGAAAGAAGCGCAGCAUUUCUGGUUCAUUAGAAGAACUUUUAGCAGAGAAAUUCAAUAAGGACAUAUUUAUCAGCAACGAAAUUGACGAUGUUUAUAAUAUGAACACCCCUAUCAGAAACCUGGCUCCUAAUGGUCCGGAUGACGUAACAGUAUUACCAAAAGAUGUAAGCACGGUUUUCGCUAUUUCUGAACCUAACAAAGAAUCUCAAACUAACGAACCACCUACGACCGCCAAAAUUGAAAUUGUUGAAAGCGUGUCCACUUUACCAAUAAACAACAAAGAUGAGAAAAGUACGGACGGAGAAAAUGAAACAGAGACGACAACGAAAACUUUCAAAGUUUACGAAGUAUUUCCAUCGAGCGAUGGAUCUGUAACUGAACGCAACAGUCCUUUGUACUCGCCAACAACUACUUUCAAAAGUAUGAUGACUGAGACCACAACGGAAGGAAAGUCUGAAACCACAUCAAUAAUGCCGACGUCCGUUCCCAUCUCAACGGUAAAACCAAGUCCUACUUCAAGACCGUCUGAUGAACCAGAGGUUAUUACGUACCCCCCUGACAACCAACAAGGAAGUUUUUUCUCAUUUUUACAAAGGCUUGUCGAUUUUAAGUUUAGGCUUGGAUUAGGCAUCUUGCAAACAACAGUCGAUGCUUUGAAUAGGUUAAGAAAUGAUACUAUGGAGAGAGUAGCAAGUGCAUCGAACCCACAAAAGGGUUGAUUUAAAAAUUCUCAUUAAUGAAAAUACUCACCGAUAAUAUGAGCAACUGUUUUAAAUCUUUGAUGUUGAUUAAAAUCGAAGUAUUUCAGCACAUUUGAAUUAGUAGGUCUUAGAUUCAAAUAUUAGUGACUAAGUUUCUCAAUUUAUUUUAAUCAUUUUGCUGUCGUACUUGUAAUGUAGACUGAAAUAUCUUGAGAAUUUAUAAAGACAAUUCAAGUAGAAAUUGUUAGUUAUACUUAUUUAGAUUUGCAUUUAUAUAAUGACUGUAUUUCAAUCAGUAUCAAAUUCUUUUAAUGUUUAAGAUUAGUUGGUAUUAAGAUAACUAUAUGUAAGUACAGGGAACGUUAUAUCUAUUUUAUAAUCGAGAAAAUUUAUAAUUUCAGAAUGUUGUCCUCGGCAAAUUACUGAGGGAAGCCUACUGAAUUUAUAUUGUGAUAAAAACAUAUAAGUAUUCUAUUAGAAAUUAAAUAUAUACGUCGUGUUUUAUUUUGCUUGUUUCAAUCGGAAGUCCGUCCUUGAAGUACUUUGCUCAAGUUAGAACUAUUUCGUUACGAAAAUUAAAUUCGAGAUAUUACUUGUCAAUGUAAAAUAUUAUAAAAGACAUGUUAUACAUAAACCGUCCACAAAAAGUAAUACAUAUAUGCAUAGCAUACUAUUUUAUGUACUUAAUCGCUUAUAAUCACUUUUUAUACGUAAAUAUUUUCGUGUAAAUAUUGAAAUAAAGACUUUUUAGCAAUA